GAGAUUUCUUUGCAAGGAAAAUGUCGGAGCUAAAGUUCAUUGCCGAAAUUUUAAGUCAAGUUAUGGAUAUUUUAACAUGCAUAGACGGGACCCAUACUAAUUGGGAUUUAGCGUCGGCGGCCUCUAAGUUUCGUAAGUGCCAAAAUAAUAAUACGAAUUCUAGCGGAAAUAGGCCAGAUUUUGUCGUUCAAAACUAUUCGGGUUAUGAGCUUUUCGCCCUCGAAGUAGCCGGAGGACCUACACACAAUGAUCAAGUAAAAAUGGAAAACGAUAGUACAAAAAUUGGUAGACAAAUGCAAAAUGGUCUCAAUUACAUAUCCAUGAAGGAGGCUAAUAUGGGACGCCCAAUGCCAGCAAAUUUACAAAUUUUCGGUGCCUCAUCAAGAAAAUUUGAGAUCCAAUUCAAAAAGAUGACCCGAGUUGGGAACUAUGUUCUUAUGAAAAAUGUAUUUGUGGCAGAAAUACCAACUAAUAUUGUAGAGUAUCCUAAGCUUAAGGAUCUAAUCGGAAAAUUGAUAACUAUUUCGAAUCUUGUAGAUUCCAGCUUGAAAAUUCUGCAAAGAAAUUCUGAAGCAAUUACCACCUCCCCUAGAUCCUAUAUACCUAUUCCAUGCCAACGUUCCCCUCAGAAUAAUAAAUCUAAGGUUACGAACAACAACCGUAAAAAUGAAAGACAAUAG